CGAGCCGUUGCGAGCCGCGUUCUUCUCUCUGCCGCCAGAGGCGAACUGGCGGGUGGCGGAGGCCAGGCCCUACUAGCUCGGCCUCGCUGCUCGACAGCGGCGUGAGGAAGCCUUCCCUCCCCCUCCCCCCCCGGUGCAAUAUGUUCAAGAGAAUGGCUGAGUUCGGGCCUGACUCCGGGGGAAGAGUGAAGGGUGUUACUAUUGUGAAGCCUAUUGUUUAUGGAAAUGUUGCGCGCUAUUUUGGGAAGAAACGAGAAGAAGAUGGACACACACAUCAGUGGACAGUUUAUGUUAAGCCUUACAGAAAUGAGGAUAUGUCUGCAUAUGUAAAGAAAAUCCAGUUUAAGUUACAUGAAAGCUAUGGUAAUCCAUUAAGAGUUGUAACUAAGCCACCUUAUGAAAUCACUGAAACAGGCUGGGGUGAAUUUGAAAUCAUCAUCAAGAUAUUUUUUAUUGAUCCUAAUGAAAGACCUGUGACUCUGUAUCACUUGCUGAAACUGUUUCAGUCUGACACUAAUGCAAUCCUGGGGAAGAAAACUGUGGUUUCUGAAUUUUAUGAUGAGAUGAUCUUUCAGGAUCCUACUGCCAUGAUGCAACAGCUGCUGACUACAUCUCGUCAGUUAACACUUGGUGCUUAUAAGCAUGAAACAGAGUUUGCCAAUGUAGAAGUAAAAACCAGGGAGAAGCUGGAAGCUGCCAAGAAGAAAACCAGUUUUGAGAUUGCUGAACUUAAAGAAAGAUUAAAAGCAAGCCGUGAAACGAUCAACUGCUUGAAAAAUGAAAUCAGAAAACUUGAGGAUGAUGAUCAAUCUAAAGACAUAUAACAAAUAGCUACAUAUUAAAGGACUAAAAGUGAAGCCUAUUGUUACCAUGCAAACAAUAAUGUAUCUUCUAAGAUUUCGUAAGGGCAAAAAAAGUUCCAGGGUUUUUUUGGGGGGGGGAUUUGGUGUGUAAUAUUUCACCACUUGAAUGUUUAAUAAUAAAAUGUUAUUUUCAUAGUUUAAAUUACAAUUGUCUUUCCAUCUUUCUUUAAAUACGGUGGCGUAAAAUUGAAGUUUUAUUUAUCAAGUUACCUUUAUGGUACACUAUACCACACUCAAGUGUGUUCAUAUUGUAGUUUACUGAGCUUUAUAUAAAAACCUUUCACAAUAUUGGUGUUUAAUGAGAGUAACAUUUGAUUGCUUGAUACACUCCAUUGACCUGAAUAUAAGAGGUAAAUCUUGGCUUUGUUGAUAUAUAAAGUCUGCCUCUGCUUCCAGACUAGUCAGAAUUAUCUGAUAAAACUACUGUUGGACAAAGAAUAAUUACCGGUGGGUUUUACAUUGACAAAACUAUAAAUCAGAUUACUAUUGAUGGGGUAUUGGAGGCGAUAACAAUGUUUGUUGCUUUGAGUUUCCUGAAUAAAAGUACUGUAUGGGAA